AUGACGACGCCAAAUGGGCCAAAGGGGACUCUCGUUGAGAGUCUCCUGAAAACCGACCCCAAAUCUCAAGAAGAGCUCGAAAAAGCUAUAGCAGAGAAGCAUAGGUGGUAUGCUUUUGAGGCCGCACAGAGAACUGGGGAGUUGAUUGGCAAUAACUCCACAAAACCAGUCACAAUCUCCUCGAUUAGACUCUUGGGUCCUUCACGCACAAGGAGAUCAUUCCUCGAUGGCAUAUUCGAGCCUCUGCUGAGCGCAAACAGAAAUGGGCCAUAUACGUUGUCAGAAGCAUUGCAGGAACUCAGCACAGCUACAAAUAAGCUCCGACGACAUGGCAUUUUUCACGACGAUAUCUCCAUGUUCAUUGAUAAACCCGAUCCCACCGACCCCUCUUCUACUUCUUCCGAUAUUGACGUUUACAUCCGUGCGCGCGAGCGGGGUGUUAUUACAUUAAAGACUGGCACUGAUCUUGGUAAUGCUGAAGGUUCAGCGUACGGAAAUGCACAAUGGCGCAACAUAUUUGGGGGCGCAGAAACUCUGAAUGUCAAUGCUGCUACAGGCACCCGAACUCGUUCUGCCUAUCAGUCUACAUUUGAGACGCCAAUAUUGAGUGAUCCCGACAAGAGAGUAGCUGUGGAUGUUUUGUCGAGCGCGACUAGUAAGCCCUGGGCAAGUCACGAAGAAGUCCUUAAGGGCGGUGGCAUAAAAUAUAGCUGGGCUUCUGGUGUUGGCAACACGCAUCAGGUCGGAUACAAUUGGGUAUGGAGACAAGUGACGAGCCUGGCUGGAAAUGCAUCACCCACGGUACGCAACGAUGCAGGAGAUACAGUCAAGAGCAGUAUUAGCCAUACAUGGAUUAAAGACGAACGAAAUCACCCUAUAAUGCCGAACCAAGGAUAUCUUCUUAAAACGAUCUCGGAAAUCGCGGGCUGGGGGCCUCUGAAAGGAGAUGUUGGGUUCUGGAAAUCGGAAGUAGAAUCUAGUGGUGCGGUCAAAGUUCCUGGCAUCCCAGGCGCAAGCUUAACAGCGGGUAUCAGGGCAGGAAUGUUGUAUCCCCUAGGUGUUGGAUUCGGCACUGCAGCCAAACCGUCACGCAUAAAUGAUAGAUUUCAGCUCGGUGGACCGACGGACGUUCGUGGAUUUAAAAUUGGUGGCCUUGGACCUCGGGACAGACAAGAUGCGGUUGGAGGCGACAUCUACGCGGCUUCAUCUAUAAACCUCCUCCUUCCAUUCCCUCGUGUUGAUAUUUCUACUCCGCUACGCUUGCAGUUAUUCGCUAAUGCAGGCCGACUCCUUGCACUCGAGAAUCCAGAAAGGAACACAAGCAAAAAGGUGUAUGGUACAGUCGCGGAGCUUGGUAAAGAGAUUCCGAGUCUGGCGGUUGGCAUAGGAAUGGUGUAUGCACAUCCGGUGGCACGGUUUGAAUUGAAUUUCGGUCUACCGAUCGUUGUUAGGAAAGGAGAAGAAACCAGAAAGGGCUUACAAUUCGGAGUAGGCAUCAAUUUUCUAUGA